GGGCGCGCUGUAUAUUUACUGUCCUCGCCUGCUACUUCCUUGUUCCCCCAGCAGGCCAGGUGCGGCAAACCACCCUGCGGACACCGCACCUGGCCCUGCGGAUGUCAGAGAAAGAGGAGGAGAUGCGGCUGCUGUCUGCCCGGUCCCCGUGCAAACACCCCCCACUGGCACCAGCAACCCUGAGCUGCCACCUCGCCCCGCUGCUUGGCACCUGGGUGCCUGGCUUGGGGGCAGCCGCAGCGUCCCUGGCUCUGGUGGCGUGUGAUGCCCUGGGUGCCAGCCAGAUGCCAGGCGCCUGCAAGACUCCCCAAGGGAACUGCACCCGUUUCCCGUUCUUCUCGGACUUCAAGGGCCAGAACAGGGUGGCCCUGAGCGCCCUGGAGACCGCCGUCCUCUCCUGCAUCUUCCUGGUGUCCCUCCUGGUCAACAUCUGCGCCAUCUCGCUGCUGGCCAGGAAGAAGAAGUUGCGCACCGCCAACUACCUGGUGCUCAACCUCUUCUGCGCGGACCUGCUCUUCAUCAGCGCCAUCCCCGUCAUCCUCGUGGUGCGCUGGACCGAGUCCUGGGUGCUUGGGGAUGUCGUCUGCCACAUGCUCUUCUACAUGAUAAGCCUCAGCGGCAGCGUCACCAUCCUGUCGCUGGCGGCGGUCAGCCUGGAGCGCGUGGUGUGCAUCGUCCGGCUGCGGCACACGGCCCGCUUCAGCUGCAAGCUGCUAGCCGGGACCCUGCUGCUCAUCUGGGGGGUCUCCGCCCUCGCCACCCUCCCGCUCUGCCUCUUCUUCAGCGUGGAGCCUCUGCUCAGGAACGGCGAGGAAGUUCAAAUUUGCACCUUGGUUUGGCCCAGCAUUGCAGGAGAAAUCUCUUGGGACGUAACAUUCACCUUUGUUGUCUUUAUAAUACCAGGAUUAGUCAUUGUGAUCAGUUAUACAAAAAUUUUACAGAUUACAAAAGCAUCAAGAAGAAGAUUAAAUGUCAGUUUAGCCUACUCAGAAAUUCAUCAGAUCCGAGUCACCCAGCAAGAUUACAAGCUAUUUCGAACUUUGUUUGUGCUGAUGAUCUCUUUCUUCAUCAUGUGGAGUCCAAUUAUCAUCACUAUUCUCUUAAUUUUAGUUCAGAACUUCAAACAUGAUUUGAAUAUUUUGCCAUCAUUUUUCUUCUGGAUAAUGGCAUUCACUUUUGCCAAUUCUGCCGUCAAUCCAGUUUUGUAUAACGUUGCCCAUUUCAGACAUGAAUGGCGGCAGUUUCUUUUGUGUUGUGCAGCUCUUCCUGGACGGAGAAUGACUAAUACAGAAACCACAGGAAGAAGAAAUGACCACAGAGAAUCGAACUUAUCUGUAAUUUACAAAUAAGUAAUGUAUGAACUAUGUUUCAGCUGUUGCUUUGGCUGCUAAACCAUACACUUUCCCACACUGACCAGCUCACCAUUUUAUAGUAUUAUAUGCUAAAGAAAGCAGAUAAGAAAAGAAAUAUAUCUAUGGUUCAACUUCUACAAUCCUAACCCAGGCAAAAUUCUUUUGUCUUGGGAGUUUUGCCUGAGUAAGACUGCAGAAUUAAAUCUAUCAGCCUAAUUCUCUUCUCACAAUGAUGUAAUCAGGAGUAACUUCACUGACAUUGGUGGAGGCACAGUAAUGUAAAACAAUGUAACUUCAGAGAAGAAUUGGCUCUAUGGGGGCAGAUUUUCAGAUGGUGUAAAUUGUCCACUGACUACAGUAGAGCCGUGACAAUUUACUGAGGAUAUGCCCCAGUUUUACUAUCCAUUUGCCAGUAAGAAUAGAAACGAACUUUUAAAAAUGGGUGUAAAAAGUGCACCCUCAAAAAUUUCCAUGCAGUCACUAAGCCCAGAAAAUAAAAAAAGGUAUUUGCAUGCAUAAAUUAGGUGACUGGCUGCCUGAACAUACUUUUGUGCAAACUACCUUUAUGCAUAAAAUGCCAGUCUGAGAAGGCAGAUGUGAUUUUUGCUGGUUCAAUGAACGCAUGAUCAUUUUUGCUGGUAUGUCCUACAUUUGCAAAUUUGGUCCUUAGAACUAGUCAAUCUCUGGCACCAUUUUGCUGGAUUCAGCAAUGUUACAGUAGAUAGAAAUGUUUAUUUUUCUUAAGAGUGUAAAAACAGGGCCAUUACAAAUGCAUUUUUACACAUCUUGAGUCAAGUAUGAAUGUAAUAAAAUAAAGCUAUUCUGUGAUGUGAUCAAUGAACUUCCUUUUGUAUUUAAAUACUACUUUGCUUUCCAGUGAAUCCAAUAAAGAAGCCACAAUAAGUCAAGAGGACUUAAGGCAUUUUAAAAUUAGAUAUUAGGGAUUUUUAAAAAUAUUUGCCUGCAAGGUUACUAGACAAAGUCAAAAACCAAUAAGAAAAAAACAAAAGAUUACAUACUUAAGUACUGCCAUCUGGAUUCCUAUUUCUAAGCCUUGCAGUAAAAUAAUAUUUUUGCCAAUAAAACAAUCAUCUUUUUAUAUUUACACAAUAUGCAUUCCCUGUUAUCCAUGUUUAUUAAAAGUUUCAUUGGUUUAUUGACAGGGUGAGCUACAGAGCUCAGAUAAAUAUAUUUUAAGUUUGAAUGAAGCUGCUUUAAAGGUCUACAACAAAACAGUCAAUUUGUAAACUUUACAUCCAUAUUGAUGUUACAUGAUUUGCUUCCAUAGUUUCAAAACUCCUUAAACGCAGAAUCCUGAAACAAAGAAAAUAAAAUUAAUGAUAUUUCUA